UGGAUGAUAUUGUAAAGAAUCGUAUAUAAAAGGCCUCAGGCCCUCGCAGGAAGGAAUUUCAUUUCAUACUACCAGCCCACUACAUUUCAGAGUCAACACUUCAUAUAAGUCUCUCUCGCCAUUUCAAGAUUCUUUACAGUUUCCAUCUAAUCGCCCAUCACUCAACAUGCCUACUUCUCCCAGCACCAGUACCAAGUUUUGGUACUGUUGCUCUUGUGGCUUCGGCCCGAUGACUGUCGCGAAUACCCCUUCCUGCAUUCAAUGCCAUCGCCACCCGCAUUGUGCCAACUGCACAGUGACAGUCGGCAGUUAAGGUAGACCAUCGGUCUCGCGUAUCUUCGAAUCAAAGGACUUUCUUCGAGAAGGGCCUCAUCAAAUACAUAGGCUUCUUCUUGAUGGCCAAGCAAUAAGUCUUUGGAUCUUAGAUCUUAGCAACGAGUAUCGACUAGGUAUUAUUACUCUUUACGCAUCCUUCGACAAAACAUAUAUGCACGAUACGAGUCAUUAUUCGACAUGUUUCAGUUCAUUUGUUCUUUCGGCUAUUCGGUUUUCGACUUUAGACUUAGACCUAGAUUUCACAUUCGGCCCAGGCCCGGAUUAGACAUGCCUACGCGAAUAUACCCUGGAUGGUGUACACGGUUGAGUUUGGCAGCAGUUUUGUGCUUUUUCUUUUCCUUGGAUAUAGAGAAUGGGAAUACACGGAGAAAAGCAACUCAGGAGGAUAGAGCAGGGGAAAAGGGGAAAAAGGAAAGGGGGAAAAGGACGAAAACCAACAAAAGGCUUUUUUUUUUGGAGCGCUGGUUUCUACUGACAUUCGUCGUUCCUCUACUUAUCUAUACCCCCUGAUCACCCUCUCGCAUGGAUUGGCUAUUGUGCUUAGGAUUUUGUCAUAGAAUUACUUAGAAGCAUUUUCUCAUUUUACACAUUACAUUAGAUAGUUUAUAGAUCGGUUGGUCCU